AUGCUCCCGCCACUUGUCCUCCUCCUCCUCCUCCCCCAUCUAUUUGUGACAGCAAGCGAUGCAUCGUCCCUUCUCUUAGCACGUUCUGAAGUCAACGGCGCAUGCACCGGCUCCGGAGGUGCUCCUGGUGUCUGCAUUUCGACCUCUUCUUGCACCUCUGCCGGGGGAAAGUACAUCUCCAACGCCUGCCCUGGGACACCUGAGGACAUCAAGUGCUGCACUAAAACCGCCUGCGGGACCGGUAACAAGGGAAAUUGUCGCUUCACCUCUUCCUGCGACUCUGGCAUCACCGAAACGAACCAAUGUCCGGGGCCUGACAACUUCAAGUGCUGCAUGCCUGCUGGUAGUGGGCCAAAACUUCCCACCACUAGCUCAGGCUGCAAGCAGAAGGCCAUUGACGGAGCGAAGGCCAUCGUCAAUGCGUUUCCAGGCAAGGUCAAGGGAAUCGGAUGCAUCAGGGAUUGUGACGACCCGAGCUCAAGCGAUCACUGCACCGGCAUGGCGACUGAUAUGAGGGUGACGGAACCCGGCGGUAAAACCACAGCUGGCGAACCUAUCGCGGAGUGGGUGAUGAACCACGCGAGCGACCUUUCUCUCAAGUACGUGAUGUGGGGGCAAAGAAUCUGGGAAGUGAGCAAAGACAGCGUCAAGCCGUGGAGUCAGUGGCCAUAUCAGAAAUGCACGGUCAUCCCGGAUUGCGUGAAUGGCGAUAGGGGGGACAACACGGCUAAUCAUUGGUAA